AUGAUUUUAGCGCAGCUUCCAAGAUUUCAUCUCUCAAUCUUCGUGAAACCCUCAUUCUCUCUCUCUUCUUCGCAUUUCAAUUUCAUAAACCCUAAGCCGCCGAUUACAGUAGCAAGAACCCUUUUCUCAUUCGCGGCUAAAUCCAAUCUCGCCACUGUUGAACCCAUUCCACUGCCGGUCUCGGAUUCAUCCGAUUUUGAUGAUGCUCCUGUGGAGAUUCCGCUCGACAAGCUUUUCGUUCCGCCGGAGACUGAUAUCUCCAGUGAUGACCCGGCGAGUUUAACGACGAGGAUACUGAAGGGUUCGAACAUAGUGCUCAGCAAGUACGCGAGGGACGCUCAGAUUUUUCAGGCCGACUUCGUGAAGAGUAGUGUCCGGACGGAGGAUUGUCCGGCCGAUGGGCUGCCGGAGUUUGCGCUCGUCGGGAGAUCUAAUGUUGGGAAAUCCUCGCUUCUCAAUUCGUUGGUGAGGAGGAAACGCCUUGCCUUGACCUCUAAGAAACCUGGAAAGACGCAAUGCAUUAAUCAUUUUCGGAUCAACGACAACUGGUACUUGGUAGAUUUGCCUGGUUACGGAUAUGCAUCAGCACCGCAUGAACUCAAACAAGACUGGAACAAAUUCACCAAAGACUAUUUCCUAAACCGAUCAACAUUGGUCUCAGUGUUUUUGCUAGUUGACGCCAGCAUUCCUCCAAAGCAAAUUGAUCUUGACUACGCAAGCUGGCUUGGUCAAAAUCAGGUUCCAAUGACUAUGAUAUUCACGAAAUGCGACAAGAGGAAGAAGAAGAAAAACGGAGGUAAGAAACCAGAGGAGAACAUAAAGGAGUUCCAAGACUUGAUCCAAGGAUUCUUUGAGACAACACCACCAUGGAUUAUGACCAGUAGUGUGACGAAUCAAGGUCGGGAUGAGAUAUUGUUGCAUAUGGCUCAGCUAAGAAACUACUGGCUCAAACAUUAA